GUGCGGAAGGGGGAGGUUGAAAAGGGCCCCAAAUUUCCCGCGGCGGUUUUUCCAUUGCCGUUUUGGCUCAAGCAGCUUGGGCUGAAGAUCAUUCCAGGUAGUGACGGCACAUGCACAAGAUGAGCGACAGCGGCCGCUAUCCUGGGUUCGUGCAAUUUGUGGGAGCUAGCUCGAACUCCGAUGAAUUUGCCAAUGCGCCGCGCAGGUCAUUUUUCACAUGUUGGGCAACAGGAUGCACGUAUUUACUUGUCGCGAUCAGUAUUGUACCUUGGUACCUUCUAUACCAGAAGUCAAUUGUAUCAGAUGGUGUAGCGAGAACUGGUCAGGACCCAAUUGACGUGCGAAAUGUUGAUGACGUGCUCCAUGCAUUAAGGGAAGCCACACACUUGCGUGCAGACUCCAGCGCUUCACUUCACAAGUGGAGGGAAGCUCAGAAGGCAAUGCUUGAGCGGACGUUGCCUAUCCGUGCCUGGCUUACCCCUUCAAAUGGAACAUGUUUGUACAAGCGCAGUAACGGCAGUUGCACAAACAAGGCGUCAAGCCCUUUCGAAUGGACAUCGCCACACUCGACGGAUCGUGGGCUUGCAGAUGAAGCCUUCUUUGAACACUUCAUGCAGCGAUUCCGUACAGAACCCAAUUUCUAUUUGGGAUUGGUCUACCUCCCUAUUCCAUGGAAGUCUGUAGCAGAGGACGCGCCCAGAAGGUACCACACGCAGGUUCCAUUGAAACAGACUGUCCAGCUUCUGCAGUAUCUGGACCCAGACUUCCGAUACUUUACGGUGAUGGUACAAGGAUGCGCACAUGAUUUUGGCGUUGACAUCAAUUGGAGUAACGUGCUGGUUUUUGAUUCCCGGGGUUCUGACAGAACAAUUCCUUCGGGGGGGUUGGUCAACCGUGUCCCGAUCCCAUUGCGCUACAUGGAGGAAUUACCUCUCAUGCCAGUGAAGUCCCGCCAGGUUUUUUUUGCUGGAUCUUGUAGUUGGAAUGAAAUUAGGAUGAGCUUGCCUUCUCUGGUGAACGUUUCCGAGAACGCUUCCAGUGAGUAUGAAUGGUUAUUGUACGAGUGCGAUGACAAACUCCCAUAUGAAAUCUUCGUAGGCCACCUUCGCAACGCCACAUGGGCAUUCUGUGUGGCAGGAACACAUCCGGUGUCAUUUGUUACUUAUCAGGCCUUGCAGGUAGGAUCUCUGCCGAUAAUCCCAUAUGACAUGUUCUCCAGCAGUUGCACCAGGCAUGAGUGGUCUUGUCCGAGUCGAUCAGAAGCUUUCAUUUGGUUGCCGUACCGGGACAUUGGAGUGCGUUGGCUUGAUUUCGCAGUGUUGCUUCCAAAGUCUGAGCUAACGAAUCUGGCCCACAUCAUUGACCAGAUGAAGGCGGAUAAUGUAGCAAAGCGUUUAGCGACUGUCCAGAAAUAUAGGCCGUUGUUCACACCGGUUGGUCUUGCCACGUACAUUGAAUACAUUUUGAGCGUGGCGCAGAAAUCGUUUGGAUUAUCUUCCGUUGCAGGACCUGACGCAUACGAGUUCGGCCGUUCAACGAUGUUUUAGUCAAUGUGGCCUUCCCUUCUCCCUCCUCCCUCCUUUCUUCCUCGUCCCUCCUUCCUUCGACCUGGCGGCUGCUCGGCAGCACUGUCAGGGCGAGGUUGGCAUCGCGUGCGCCAGCUUUGCCCCUCUAGCAACGGCAUGAUUAUCAGCCGCCGUUCGCUGGGAUGUGGCGCCGCGCGUUGAGGGGGAACAAAACAUGUAGCAGAAAAAACGGUGUCGCUCGUGACGUUGCUACAUGACCCAAGGCGUGUCUUCUUUAAGAAUCAGAAGGAAGGCGUUACCACUGAGGAGCGCGCACUUGUCGUUACUUCGAACGACGUCGCCACCAACGCCGAACCCGACAUAGUUGUAACGCCUGUGUUUUUUCUUCCUUCCGACGGUAACCUCGCCUUCCGCUGACCAUGGGGUCAACUUCGACCCUUGCCCGUUCC